CGCUUACAGGCUACAUUCAAGCAUGGUUUUGACGCUUUUCAGUCGCCCCCAGUGAACCGAAGAUUAACUGAUUGUGUGGAUGCGGUGUUGUAAUGGCUAGCUGUCAUAGUGAAGUACAGCGGUAGCGAGUCAAAACAAGGUUGUUCAUACAUCUUGCACGCAUUCUGUGAAAUAGUUGUGACACGAGUCGUGCAAAGCUUGAAUCGGACCGACAUGACGGCAGUAACGUUCAAGAACCGCAAGCUCGUGCUUGUCGAGUACCCGGCGAUCGUUAAAAGCACGGACAGAAUGAUGAAGAGCCUCGGUGGUAUUGAAGAGAUCUCCAAGACCUAUGCAGACCCGACGCGGAGGCUAGAAAUGAAAUUCAGGCCGCAAGAUCCGUACUGCAAGAGUGCCUACGCCAACAAUACAGACGUGUCCUGCCUCGUCUUGAAAGUGAAGAAGAACCGCGGCAACACGGAUGAACCGUACACCGUGACCAUCGAAGGCACCAUUUCUACGGCCUACAAAUUUCGUGGCAUGGUGGAUUUUCAGUAUUUACCCAUGAGAAAAAAGGCAGACGGAACCGGAUACGAGUCUUUGCUCGACCAGCUGAUUCCGCCACCCAUGUCGUCGACGGAUUGGCUGAUGAAAGACGCGCCGGUCUUCAUACUGCCCCAAGUGUUCUCUCGUCUCGACACCAUGUCAAUACAGGCCCUGCGGGAUGAGCCUAAGCGACGUGAGCUGGCGUCGGGGCCGCCGUCUCGUCCGAAAAAUUCGUUCGGCCGAAUUCGUGACCGUCGUGUGAAGUUCGCUCGCUUCCUAACCUUCGACGAAGAAGAUGUGCCCGUAGAGCCAAAUCCAGAGGCCUGGAAACAGUUGGAUUGGCGCCCUCCAGAUGUGAACAUCAAGCAAAGAGUUGAAGCGUUGUUCCAGCAGCGGCCCUUGUGGACACGCAGUGCUCUCCAAGUGGAGCUCGGCGUCCAGCCAGUACGGUUCAAGCUCAUCCUGCCCGUGGUGGCUUACUAUGUCGUCAAUGGGCCAUUCCGCACUGCCUGGGUGCGCUUGGGGUUUGACCCCCGCAAGGACCCGUCAACAAAGAUCUACCAGGUUCUCGACUUUCGGCUCAAAACAUCACCGUGUGGAAUGAUGCUCAACGAAGUGGCGACCAAGCGUGGCCACUCGGCCUACCUCGUCCCAACUAAGACUCUGGGAUCGAACUCUCGGCCCAUCCAUGCCCAGACUGACUACCUGCAAGGACAUGGCAAGGCCACCGCAACCAAGCCGUCAACCAAGCCUGAUGACCAAGUGCUGGUGAGCUUUUUGCCAGGCAAGCUGCCACCUUACCGCCAGAUGUUCUACCACCUGAAGGAUAUCCGCAUGGGCAGUGUCCAGAAGUUGGUGCAUGCCAACGACGGCCACGAGGCAACUUCUUGUCACGAGAGGGACGGCUGGUGCGAGGAGGGCACUAUAGACAGGUGCCGCCAGCUAAUGAUGGCCGAAUUGAAGGCCACGCUUGAUAAGAUGAAGAGCGAACAGCCAUCGACGUCGCGGGACGAAAGCCCAGUGGCACUCGAAGAAGACGACGAGUUCGACGACUUCUUGGAUGACGAAGGGGACGAAGAUUGACUCGUCGUACAACCACGUUCGAACAAGGUCGGAGCAGAAGACCGCAUUUGAGAAGUCAAAGUUCCAAAGCAGAUGCGCCGUAGCAACUUGGGAUUGAGAGUGCAACUUGGCCAGAGGAUGACUAAGAUCUCAGUUACAUUAUAGACAACAAAGUUCGCGAAGAUUGGCUCACACGACUUAUGACUGGAGAAGAGCGAGGGGUCAGCAGCUUAUGCUGUGUCAUAGACUUUUGGUGUUCAGCGAGGUCAGCUCACAGUAAACAAGAGUGCUAAUUAUGACAAUUGCCACAGUGCAGUCCUGCAGUGUUUCCAGAUGGAGGCUACGCUGCCAGGGUACGCGCAUGAAGCUUAACGCUGCUGUGUUUUCUUAAAGGCCAUCUGUGAAGUAGUCUCGCUCUGUAUAAACUCUUAAAAAUUGAGUAGUGUAGGUAAAUACUGUUCAAAGAGCCUUGGCAAAGUUGUAGGGCUGGCAGCUAUCUAAUAUGUUUAUUAACAGCCUUAAGCAGCACAUACGCAGACGACGUGUACAUGGUGAUCAUUGGAUGCGAACAAAGUCCUGGAACGUUGCUCUUGAGAUCUUUGCACUAUGUUGGAAGCGGCCAUGUCCCACAGGUUGCACUGAAUAAUUGAGGCCAUCGCCUAAUCAUUGAGGUCAUCACAUAGUCACCAACAAUGUGACCUAGUCAUCCAGACUUUCACCUAAUAAUUGAGGUUGUCACCUAAUCACUGCAGUCGUCACGUGAUCAUUAGCCACCACGGUGGCUCAACAGUUAGCGUUUGGCUGCCGACCCAAAAGUCAUGGGUUCCAUCCCAGCAACUGUGGUUUAAGUUUUGACGGAGGCAAAAUGCUAGAGGCUUGUGUCUUUUAUAGCAGCAGUUUCUGUUCGCAUACAUGGGAGUAAGUCUCGGUGCUGUGCCGGCCUGAACAGUUGCUUGCAAUACGCUGCAUAUGCAGCUGCUCACGGAUGACUUCAAAAGUGAUACGGAGCCUUUGCUACCAACAGCUGCUCAGAAAACACCGGUUGGUGAAAAACCGAAGGGUGAAUAUCACUUGAUCUUGAAGGAUAACCGAUGCUCUGCCUUGCACAAGGUCAUCAAAAAGGUGCUCGCAAUGCCACUGCACCAUCGUUUUCGAAAUGCAAAAGUGCUUCUGGAAAGACUCGUCCGACAGGGUUAACGGGUUCCUGUGUACUGAAACACACCGUUCUCUGCCUUCAAAAAGUGAAACAAGCAAGCUUGCAUUCACGGUGCCAUUGCGCUGUUCUCCAACCAACGAACAAAACCAUUAAUUUGGCUCGCUGGUUUGAAUCACGCACAAGCGUGAGGGCCUGUUCAGUUAUUAUAAAAAAUGAGAGGAGCAACAGCGCAACAGCCACAGCGCUAUUUUGACAUUUCGUGAGGAGAACCGGAAACGGGAGGAGCUCUGGUCAAUUAGCGGCAGCCAAAGUGGACAGUCCACUAGAUAGGCAGUUCCAGAAUAGCUCCCCUAACCGCUGCAGAGUCAGGAAAGCAACAAUUGUGUAUGUUUGACUAACAUUUGCUGGUGUCCUUCACAUUAAAAAAGUUGUAAAGCCAACAUAUGUCAAAUUGCACCACUGCCGAAAAUUUACACCAGCAAUGAAGCAGACUACAUUUCUUGAUGUUAUAUGCGCGCUUGAUUAAUCUCUCCACCAUCAGGUGGCAUUACCUGUCGGGGCCACCCAAGCUUGUCACUAGGUAAUCGGGUGAAAUGUUUAUGGUUACAAGCUUGUGAACAAGCUAGAACUCUAUUAUAAUUUUGUGGGUAGAAUGCACAAGUGUUUGGACAGCAGCGCUUAACACAAUGGCGAUAGCAUCAAUAAAAUUUAAUGCAAGUGAA